CAAUAACAAAAGACUCUGAAACCUCCCUUUACUCUUCUAGGGUUUUAUUCUCUCAAAACGCGUCGCCUCCCAAAAUUUCGUGCUUCAGAUUCCGAAGAUCAAAAACAAUGGCUGAUGAGAUCGUGCCACCAGCGAACGAGUUAGCCGCCGUUGCAUUGGGUAACGACACGGUGCAGAAAGCCCAAUUUUCUAACCGUGUUCUGAUUAAAUCGAUUCUGGGUCGACCUGACGGCGGAGCUAGCCUCGCCGGUCAAAAAGUUCGAAUCGGAGGUUGGGUUAAAACCGGAAGAGAGCAAGGGAAAGGAGCUUUUGCUUUCCUUGCGGUGAACGAUGGAUCUUGUCCAGCGAAUCUUCAGGUUAUGGUUGAUUCGUCUCUUUAUGAUCUCUCUAAGUUGGUAGCUACGGGAACUUGUGUGACUGUUGAUGGAGUUUUGAAGCUUCCUCCGGAAGGUAAAGAUAAGCAGAUGAUUGAGCUUAGCGUUGAGAAGGUGAUUGAUGUUGGAACUGUGGAGGAUAAGUAUCCGCUUCCUAAGACUAAGUUGACUCUUGAGUUUCUCAGAGAUAUGCUUCAUCUUCGUUCCAGGACUAACUCGAUCUCAGCAAUUGCAAGAAUCCGUAAUGCGCUUGCUUUCGCCACACACAGUUUCUUCCAAGAACAUAGUUUUCUUUACGUUCACACUCCUAUCAUUACGACAAGUGACUGUGAAGGUGCUGGUGAAAUGUUCCAAGUAACAACCUUGAUCAACCACACUGAGCAGGUUGAGAAGGAUCUCAUUGUUAACCCUCCACCCACCGAGGCUGAUGUUGAAGCGGCGAGGCUUAUUGUUAAGGAGAGAGGUGCAGCUGUAAAGCAAUUGAAAGCGCAAUUGAAAGAUGCCGGGGCAACCAAGGAAGAAAUCGAUGCUGCAACCACUGCUCCUGUUGGUGAACUUACUUCAGCAAAGGCGAAUUUAGCUCAAAUUGAAGAAAGGUCAAAGCUUAAGCCUGGACUACCUAAAAAAGAUGGAAAAAUUGAUUACUCCAAUGAUUUCUUUAGCCGUCAAGCUUUCUUGACAGUUUCUGGUCAGUUACAAGUGGAGACCUAUGCUUGCGCUCUGAGCAGUGUGUAUACGUUUGGCCCUACGUUCCGGGCAGAGAACUCUCACACUACAAGGCAUCUAGCUGAGUUCUGGAUGGUUGAGCCUGAAAUUGCUUUCGCAGAUCUACAGGACGACAUGAACUGCGCAGAAGCGUAUGUGAAAUACAUGUGCAAGUGGUUGCUCGAGAAGUGUUACGAUGACAUGGAACUUAUGGCUAAGAAUUUCGACCGGGGAUGCAUUGAGAGGCUACAAUUGGUAGCCUCAACCCCGUUUGGGCGUAUAACGUACACUGAAGCAAUAGAGUUACUUGAGAGAGCUGUAGCUGAAGGAAAGAAAUUUGAAAACAAUGUGGAGUGGGGUAUCGACUUGGCCUCAGAGCAUGAAAGAUACUUGACAGAGGUUAUGUUUCAAAAGCCAAUUAUUGUCUAUAACUACCCGAAAGGAAUCAAAGCUUUUUACAUGAGACUUAACGAUGAUGGAAAGACAGUUGCUGCUAUGGAUGUCCUCGUUCCAAAGGUUGGAGAACUCAUUGGUGGAAGCCAAAGGGAAGAACGAUAUGAUGUCAUCACACAGAGGAUCAAGGAGAUGGGUCUUCCAAUUGAGCCAUAUAAGUGGUACAUUGACUUGCGCCGUUAUGGAACAGUGAAGCAUUGUGGAUUUGGACUUGGCUUCGAACGCAUGAUUCUGUUCGCUACAGGAAUUGAUAACAUCAGAGACGUUAUUCCUUUCCCUAGGUAUCCUGGAAAAGCUGAUCUCUGAUUCUCUUCUCUAGACAUAUCUACAAACACAAUUUCGGAUUUUAUUAGCUGGUCUGGUUUCGAUAACCGAGACGGUUUAGUUUACUUUAUGUUUAUUAAGUGAAAAUUAUAUGGGUUUUUGACUUUUGAUUUUACUGGUUUUGUUCGAUUAUCCCGAUUUACCAAAUUCAGUUAUAUAUA